AGCUGCGGAGCUGCGGGGCCCAGCCGCGCCGAUUCCAGAUCACUUGCACGCCGGCCGCCGCGCGCGCCGCCACCGUCCCCGUCGGUCCCCGAGGAGCGCCUGUCGCGCGCUCUGUCCCUCUCGCCCUCAGCGCGCUCCAUCUACCGCCCGUCCGCAACGCAAGGAUCAGCCAUGUCCGUCCUCGCGCCGUGGUCACUGGUGGCCUUGUGCGCCUGGACCGCUCUAGUGGCCGGCAGCCCCACGCCCGUAGUGCCCGCAGUGCGCCUCGACGACGCGGUCACGUCCCCGCCGAAGAGCCAGGGCGGCCCCCAGAACCGCCUCCCCCUGACGGUGUUCCCCAAGUCGUACGUCGUGGACCUGGACGUGGACCUGGAGGCCGGGGACACCGGCACGUUCUCCGGCACCGUCACCGUCACGCUGCAGCCCGUCAAGGAGGUCGCCUUCCUCACGUUCAACGUGGACCUGGACGUCAUCACCAUCACUAGUGCUUCGCUCAAGCAGACUGGCAAAGGGGGAGGAAUCACCUUCCCGACGCAGGACCAGGCCGUCAUCGAGCAGGACAAGGGCCUGCAGAUGGUGACGCUGAGGUGGAACGAGGCCAUCACCGGCAGCGACAUCCCCAUGUCCCCGGCGGAGACGUACGAGUUGAAAGUCGUGUACACCGGCAAGCUGAGGUCCGACAUGUACGGGUUCUACAGGAGCAGCUACAAGAACGCACAGCAGGACAUACGCAUGGCGGCCACGCAGUUCGAGCCGGCGUACGCCCGCAGUGCAUUCCCUUGCUGGGACGAGCCCCACUACAAGGCCACCUUCCAGGUCAGCAUCACGCACGCCACCAGCCUCACGGCCCUGUCCAACACCGCCGGCACCAGGGCGGACAUAGCCGGAAACACGGCGAGGACCAAGACGACGUUCCAGGUUACGCCCCUGAUGAGCUCCUACUUGGUGGCCUUCGUGGUCUCCAACUUUGUCGGGGUUGCCGGGGUCAGCCCCACGACCGCCACCACGACGGCGGCGCCUUCAGGCGCCACGACGCAAGCGACGCCCGGCGCCGUCACGGCCAGGCCGACCAUUCCGUACACGAUCUGGGUGCGGCCCGGCCAGCAGAACCAGGCAGCGUUCGCCGCCACGGUGGGCCCAAAGUCCCUCGCCGAGCUGGAGAAGUUCACCGGCAUUCGGUACGACAGCAUGCAGUUGGGCAAGCUGGACCUCAUCGGCAUCCCGGACUUCGCCGCCGGCGCCAUGGAGAACUGGGGCCUCAUCACGUUCCGCGAGACGGGGAUCCUCUUCACGGACGGCGAGACGACGGAGGCGUCGCGCGAGAGCAUCGCCCUGGUGAUCGCGCACGAGCAGACGCACAUGUGGUUCGGCGACCUGGUGUCCCCCGACUGGUGGGGCUUCGUGUGGCUCAACGAGGGCUUCGCGCGCUACAUGCAGUACGUGUCCAUGGACCUGGUGGAGCCCCAGUGGCGCCUCAUGGACACGUUCACGGUGCGCUCGCUGCAGGGCGCCCUGGCCUUCGACGCCCUCAAGAGCUCGCACCCGAUGUCGGCCACCGUCUACACGCCCGACGCCAUCCAGAGCAUCUUCGACCGCAUCUCCUACGACAAGGGUGCGUCGGUGCUGCACAUGACCAGGAACGUCAUGGGGGACACCAAGUUCAAGGCGGCGCUCAACGAUUACCUCAGCAAGAAGAGAAACGACGCGGCCAUCCCCUACGACCUGUUCAGCGCCUUCGAUAGGAGCCUCGGCAGCGACAGCGGCCUUCCGCGGGGACUCACCAUGGCCGUGGCCUUGGAGGCCUGGACGCAGGAGGCGGGCUACCCCGUCGUCACGCUGCGGACGGAGAACGGCAAGACGACGGUCUCGCAGGAGCGGUUCCUGUCCUCGCAAGGGGAGUGCGUGUCGACCAACACGCGCUGGUGGGUGCCCCUGACGUACACCGUGCAGAGCGGCGACUUCAACGCCCCCAAGACCGUGUGGCUGGACCCGCGCGUCGCCAACACGACCCUCGCCGACCAGGUCACCGGCUGGGUCGUGGCGAACAUCAAGCAGACAGGAUUCUACCGGGUCAACUACGACGACGCGAACUGGGCCAGGCUGGCAGCCCUGCUGCAGACGGAGAACAACCAAGUCCCGAUCCUGAACCGCGCGCAGAUGCUGGACGACGCCCUCAGCCUGGCGCGCGCCGGCCUGCUCAAGUACCCCGUGGCCUUGAACAUGACGCGCUACCUGAGAACCGAGACGGACCCCAUCCCCUGGACGGCGGCUCUCGGCCACCUGGAUUUCUUGAACAAGAUGCUGGCCGGGGACGCGGGGCAGACCGCCUUCAACAACUACGUCCUCGGGCUGAUGGACGCCGCCUACAAGAGCGUGGGCUUCGCCGAGGACGCCUCCGACAACCACCUCAAGCUGACGUUCCGGCCGACCGUGCUGGGCCAGGCGUGCCGCCUGGGCCUCAAGGACUGCGUGGACAGCGCCAAGACGGCCUUCACGUCCGUCCUCGGCGGCACCGCGAUCCCGGCCAGCCAGCGCAGCACCGUGUACUGCAUGGGCGUGCGCUACGGCACCACUGCCGACUGGGACACGCUGUGGAACCGGUACCUGAGCACGACGACCACCGUCGGCGAGCGCAGUCUCAUCCUGGGGGCCUUGGGCUGCUCCAACGACGCCAACACUAUCGACAAGUACCUUGGGUACUCCUUGGACGCCAACAUGGUGCGCGCUCAGGACGCGUCCACAGUCUUCAGCUCCGUCCUCUCGGGCGGAGACGCCAACCUGGACCCCGCCUUCGACUACUUCAUCGCCAACUUCGACAAGAUGAACACAGCGUAUGGCGGCUGGAGCUCCAUGCAGAACGUGGUCAACGGUCUGGCCAGCAGGAUCGUCGACGAGACGAGACUGAAGAAGCUGGAGGACUUCUUGUCGUCGAAGAGCAGCGCCCUGGGAGUGGCCCAGGCGGCGGCGGAGCAGGCCCUGGAGACGGCGCGGGCCAACCUGGCGUGGAGGCGGCAGCACCUCCAGGCCGUGUCGGGCUGGGUGCUGAGCGGGGCGCUCUCUGCGCUGCACCCUGCCCCGCUCAUCCUCGCCCUCGCCCUGGCCUUCCUCCUGCUGAGAAGCUGAUUCGACCAUUCCCUUUCUAAAGAAAAAAAAUGUGUUUUAAUUUUAACUGUGUAGAUUGACUGUGUUGAUUUUGAUACAAAUGUGUGAAAUAAAAUAAGUAUGCCUAAAU